AUGAACUCCAUUCAAAAGCUGUUUUUCUUCAUAUUCCUUCUCGUUUGUGCGGUCUCGAGUCUCCCGUUGGUGCAAAGGAGUCAGCUAGAGGUCCCCGACGAAGCAAUUUUAUUCCCGACAAUGCUCGAAGAGAUCGAUUUCGACAAAAGAGAUCCCGAGAUGGCGGUUUGGAUUGAUGUACCCGAAAGCUUACGUUUCAACUCGGAACUCCCGCGUACGGACAGAAAAUGGCAUCUGGAUGAGGAAAUGAUUCUCUCAGCGCGGAGGCAUCCGACUCUCAAAACUGUG